AUUUCAAAAUUGAAUAUGCAGAUUCGGGUUAAUUUCCCUAUUGGACUAAAGAUAAAGAAAAAGGGAAAGGAAAGAAUGUUGAGUUGCCAAUGGAGUAGCUUCAGUAGAGUAUGCUACAGCUCACCAUUUUCUUUGCAACAAUUCAAUAUUAAGGCGUUAAACUUGAACAGACAUUAUUGUCUUACCAAAUCAUCUAUGGAGGAUUCCAGUUCCCAGGUUUCGCCAUCGCCCUUUCAAUUUCUCACAAAGAAGCCUUACGAGCCUCCUCAAUGGGCCUCUCAUCUUAGCCCCCUUCCUUCUCACACUUUUUCCCUUGGACAUUUUCCGACUCCAAUUCACAAGUGGAACCUGCCUAAUUUGCCCAAGGACACUGAGGUUUGGUUAAAGCGUGAUGAUAUAUCAGGAAUGCAAUUGAGUGGAAACAAGGUCAGGAAGCUGGAGUUCUUGUUGGGAGAUGCUGUGGCACAGGGGGCUGACUGCAUAGUGACUAUAGGUGGCAUACAAAGUAAUCACUGUCGUGCUACUGCUGUCGCUGCCAAGUACUUAAACCUUGACUGUUAUCUCAUCUUACGCACUUCAAAGUUACUUGUGGAUAAAGAUCCUGGAUUGAUAGGGAACCUCCUUGUUGAGCGAUUAGUUGGAGCGCACAUCGAUCUUGUCUCAAAAGAAGAAUAUGCAAAAGUUGGCAGUGAGGCUCUUACCAAAUUAUUGAAGGAAGAGCUGUUAAAUGAAGGAAGAAAGCCGUAUGUCAUCCCUGUUGGUGGAUCCAAUUCUUUAGGAACCUGGGGCUAUAUUGAAGCAAUCCGGGAA